AUGAAACAGAUAGUCAAAAGAAGCCAUGCCAUCAGAAUAGUUGCAGCAUUAGGAAUCAUAGGCCUGUGGAUGUUUUUCUCGUCUAAUGAACUAUCCAUCGCUACGCCGGGCCUAAUCAAGGCGAAGUCUGGUAUAGAUGAAGUGCAAGGGGCGGCUGCUGAGAAGAACGACGCUCGGUUGAAAGAGAUCGAGAAGCAAACCAUUAUGCCAUUGAUGGGCGAUGACAAGGUGAAGAAGGAAGUGGGCAGGGCGUCGUGGAAGUACUUCCAUACCCUGCUGGCCCGUUUUCCGGACGAGCCUACUCCUGAAGAAAGAGAGAAACUGCACACGUUUAUUGGGUUGUAUGCAGAACUCUAUCCAUGCGGGGAAUGUUCAUAUCACUUUGUAAAGUUGAUUGAGAAGUAUCCCGUACAGACAUCUAGCAGGACGGCUGCCGCAAUGUGGGGAUGCCACAUUCACAACAAGGUGAACGAAUACCUAAAGAAAGACAUAUAUGACUGUGCUACCAUCCUGGAGGACUACGAUUGUGGAUGUAGUGACAGCGACGGUAAACGCGUGUCUCUCGAGAAGGAGGCUAAACAGCACGGUUGA